AUGAAGGCCACUGUUUUCUGCACGUUCCUCUUCUGCUUUUGUGUGGUUGUUUCCUCCUCUCAGAUGCAGAGGUAUCGCUCAGGCCUUAAGACCACAAAUCUGACCCUGAAUCCUCACAGCAGAUACCCUCUGUACAUGAUGCAGCUGUACCGCUCCUUCAGGGCUGUUGAUUCCUCGCCGUCAGACUCCAUCAACACCUUAACGACAGGAGGUGAAGACCUGUCAGCACAAGGUUCUGAUUCUGUCCUCAGUCUUGUAGCCAGAGGUUGCCAUCAAGUAGGACAAAGAUGGACAAUCACUUUUGACAUGUCAUCAGUCUCCACCAGUGAUCUGGUUCAGUUGGCAGAACUUCGGAUCAGACUUCCAGUGUUCUCUGGCUCCAGGCGGGCCACAGUGGAUUUAUAUCACUCCAGAAAACAGAGCUGUGACCCUCAGAGUGCAGCGUGCCACCAUGAGGAGAUUUUCCUGGGGAGUUUUGCCACAUCUCCAAGCAGCUCAAAAUCUUCCUGGAAGGUUUUUAACGUGACUGCUCUGCUGAAGUACUGGCUCUAUCAGGGAGACAGGGUCUCAGGACUGGAGGCUUCAGGAGAACUGGCGGAAGAUCAAGGAAGUGGACAUGGAGAUGCAGGAGAAAGCAGUGGAAAGUUUGAGAAUUUUGGAUUAAGGCAGAGAAUUCAUCCAACUGCAAACCGGGUCAUGAUGGUGAUCUUCUCCAAACACAACCUGCCACAGGAAGGCCACACAGCAUACAGCCUCAUUCACAUUGUGGAGAACUCAAAGUAUGUGACCAUGGACAAAGUGAGCAGGGACAGCCAGAGUCGACGCCACAAAAGGAACAGGAUGGAGAGAAUGAGGGUGACGGAUGGAGAUUCUUCUAUGGCUGCACCAGCACCACCACCUGCAGUAGAGACUGCUCAGAGGCAGCUGUGUCGGAGGGUGGACAUGUGGGUGGACUUUGACCACAUUGGCUGGGACGAGUGGAUCGUUCACCCAAAGCGCUUCAAUGCGUACCGCUGUGAGGGGGAUUGUCCUUCACCACUGGAUGAGUCCUUCCAUCCCACAAACCACGCUUACAUGCAGAGCCUUCUUCGUCAUCACCAUCCUGAUAGAGUGUCCUGUGCGUCUUGCGUGCCAACACGCCUCAGCCCGCUCUCCAUGCUCUACUAUGAGAGUGACGACCUGGCCGUCCGGCAUCACGAGGACAUGAUCGUAGAGGAGUGUGGCUGUCACUGA